UAGUGUUUAAAUAAAUACGGGGUGAAUCAUUGAACAAACAGUAGGAGUAUAUUGAUCAGCUGUAGUAUAUAAUUGUUGACACGAAUCUAAUCUUAAUUUGACAGUAGCAAUAAGAAAAACUGAGUGUUGAAUAACUAUUUCACUUUUCACGUGAGUUUGAUCGUUGUAUAGUUUGCACAACGCAAGGAAGAAAUUCAACUCGAUAUGGUUUCUACUGCUUUGGCCAUAAUCUUUGCUUUUGGCGUGUCCUUUAUCUUGAAGAAGAUCUUUUGGAAAGGAAAACAAUUGCCACCGGGACCAAAUGGCCUUCCUGUAAUUGGAUACCUUCACAAAAUCUGCUCAGCACCGUUGCAUGUUAUCAUGAAUGAUUUAUCUCGUACGUACGGCAAUACGUUUUGUGUUCAACUGGGAUCAAGAUUAACGCUUGUGUUAAACAGUCGAGCUGCAAUAUAUGAAGCGUUUGUUAAAAAGGCAAAAUCAUUUGCAGGCCGGCCUGAUUUGGCCACUUUUAAUAAAACAAGACAUGGUUGUAUAGGAAUAAGUAUGUGUGAUUUCAGUGAGGCGUAUAGACUGAAUAGAAAAAUGACAGUAAAAGCUCUACAUCGUUUGUUUUCUGACAAGGAAAAGUUAAAUUUUAUAAUGGAGCAGGAAGUACACAAGAUGGUAAACUUGUUUGACAAAUUCGCACAUUUCAAGAAACCCUUUAAUCCAGGAGAGGCAUUUUACAAAAUCGUUCCAAGCUUAAUCGUAAAUUUAACUUUUGGGAGAAAUUUUGACUAUGACGAUCAAGAUUUAAUCGCAUUGGUCAAUUUUAAUCGUAGAUGGUUUGAAAGUGCUGAAGCUAAUAAUCCUGCCGAUUUUUUUAAGAUUCUAGAAAUGUUUCCAAACAAGCGAUUAACGGCUAUUAAAGAAAGUGCAGCAGCCUUUUACUCUUACAUUCUUAACAAAAUUGAUGAACACAAUGCAAAUAAUUGGGGACUUUUACAAACAUACUUGGAGUAUUAUAGAGAUAUGCUGGGUGUAACAGAACUAUCUAACAGUGAAAAACUAGAGUUAGCCAGAGUAAUUGCCGAUAUACUAGGUGGAGGUUUUGAUACUGUUGCUAUAACCUUAAGCUGGGCCUUACUGUUCCUAGACGAUCAACCUGAAGUGACGAUAAAAUGCCGAAAUGAGAUUCAACGGGUUUCUCCUGAUGAAAUUUUAAGAAUUGAACAUCAAAGCGACUGUCCAUACUUCUGUGCUACCAUAAAUGAAAUAUUACGCAAUGCUUCGACAGCACCCAUGGGUCUACCUCGUACCACCACAGAAGAUGUUCAAACCAGUGAGUACUUUAUUCCAAAGGGUACAAUGGUUCUUUCAAAUAUUUGGGCGGUAAAUAAAGACUCAACCCUCUGGAAAGAACCAGAUAUAAUAAAUCCUGAUAAUUUCCUGGACGCAGAUGGAGCAAUCGAUAAAAAUGCAGUUAGGAAGCUAGCAACGUUUUCAUCCGGUCUUCGAAAAUGUCCUGGCGAUAAACUGGCAUUUUCAGAAAUGUUUGUUCUUCUGGGAACAUUUAUAAAAUCGUUCGAAUUUACAAUUGAUCAGCAUCCACCAGAUAUGCAGCCAUUACCAGGACUUACAUCGCAGCCUAAAAGUUAUACCAUUCAAAUAUCCAAAAUCGCAACAAAUAACAACAUUUAAAAGACCUCGAGCACUCCGACAUAAUUCAGACUGCAAUCAAUGACUUUUCACUCCGACAUAAUUCAGACUGCGAUCAAUGACUUUUCACUCCGACAUAAUUCAGACUGCAAUCAAUGACUUUUCACUCCGACAUAAUUCAGACUGCGAUCAAUGACUUUUCACUCCGACAUAAUUCAGACUGCAAUCAAUGACUUUUCACUCCGACAUAAUUCAGACUGCGAUCAAUGACUUUUCACUCCGACAUAAUUCAGACUUCGAUCAAUGACUUUUAUAUAGACAAUUAGGUUAUGUGAAUGUACUGCUAUUUACAGUGUAAUAAAACAAUCUCCCAAAAAAUCCUUUUGUGUAUGACCCAAGUACCCAAUAAUUAUUUAUUUUACAUUUUUUUUUUUAAAACGUUGUAACGAAACAUUAAGAAAAACCGAACUUAUAAUAAAAUAUUUUAAACGGUUUCGCGAUUUUAUUAAUUGGCGAAAGUGUUUUCCGGCGAAAGUUUAAUGACAGUGUGUCCCAAAAUGUAAUUCUGGAAAUUUCAAAAAACCGAAAUUAAAGGGAUUAGGGAUCUUCCUAGAAAGCUUUUUUGUGAUUUCCAAGAUUUCCAAGAAGGAGGAAUUAACUUUAAAACCAAAAACACUGUUCCUGAAGUAAGCAUAUGCUUUACAUGUGGAAUGAUGUGACAUCUAAAAUAAUAGCAAUUUUAAUUAGUCACGUUCAACGCCUCUGCCGUCGAAUAAAACUAUAAAUUGCGAAUGAGCAAUAUCAAGCAAAUAAGUGCAAAAUAUCGUGGUGGAAUGGUGACAAA